AUGGAGCGCCCCCACCGUCCUCCGCCGCUCACGAUCCCCCCGCCGCCCCGACAGCGGACCCGAGUACGGCGCACGAGACGCCCUACCCGCCAACAAGCUCGACAGUUCAAGCGAUGGCUCCUGCGGGCCCAAAUCGCCAAUGACGUCGCUCACGUCGUCGCCGCGAGUAUCCUGUUAUGGAUCAUGUCGUGGUUUUUGUAUAAUGUGCCGUUUCCACUCACAUAUCGCACAGGACCGGCAGCAGUUGCGCUUCUGGUAAUGCUAUCAAUAGAUAUCCUCCUCGACGCCCGCUCAAUAGUUCACGCCCACGACCCCUGGCCAGGCUGGACCCUCCUGCUCCGCCUCAUUCUCGGCGCAGGCUUCAUCGCGAUAUUCUGCGUCUACAUCGCCCUCGGCGCCGUCUUCGCGCCCGGGUUCGAGUACUGGGGCAUGGGCGACUCUUACGGCCGCGUGCUGGUGUACAUGUUCCUCUGGGGCAUCGGGCUCUGGAACCUGUUAUUCGUCGUGCUGUGCCGGCACUGGCUGGGCAAGGAGAUUAAAAAAUACGGGGGCUCCGCGAAGGAGCUGCUCAACCUGCGGCGGUCGCCCGGGCAGAGCGCCCAUAGACUGGGCAGCGCGGGCGGGGAAAGGCCGCGGGGGGAGACCGUCGACGUUGACGUCGAGGCCGCGAGGCCGACGAGGGGAGAACGCCUCAGCAGGGUUGUUGCCCUACCUAUCAGGAUGGGCGUGAGGAGGGAGAAGAACAGCGUGAAUGUCAGCAUCAACUCCGUCGCGAGCGGGCCUGGGAGGAGCGCUUCGCCGCCGCCGCCGCCUCCUGUGAUGAGUUCUGCAUGA